AUGGUGGCUCUAUCUAUGGCCGACGGUUAUGCGAGAGUGAGCGGCGAAGCCCAGUGUGUCAUCGUGCAUGUCGAUGUUGGCACAUCGGCUCUAGCGGCCGCGAUUCAUAAUGCGGCUAUGGGACGAGCCCCCGUUCUUAUCUUUGCCGGUCUCUCCCCCUACACUAUAGAGGGAGAGGUUCUUGGCUCACGAACCGAGUUCAUUCACUGGAUCCAAGAUGUCCCAGAUCAAAAGCAGAUUGUUUCCCAGUACUGCAGGUAUACUGGAGAGAUCAAAACUGGCAAGAAUGUCAAGCAAAUGGUUCGACGUGCCAUCCAGCUUGCCACAAGCCACCCUCAAGGGCCGGCCUAUCUUAUGGGAGCCCGCGAGGUAAUGGAGGAGACCAUCGAACCGUAUUCUGUGAACUCAGCUUAUUGGCGACCCGUUGCUCCAUCUGCUCUCCCAGACUACGCUGUUCGCGAGAUCGCAGAUGCACUGGCAAAUGCCUCAGACCCACUUGUUAUUGUUGGCUUCACUGGCCGCAACCAUGCAGCGGUAAAGCCCCUUGUGUCCCUAGCCGAUACCAUCAAGGGUCUUCGUGUACUUGAUACAGGCUGCUCAGACAUGUGCUUCCCUGCAGACCACCCUGGAUGGCUUGGCAUGAAGUAUGGAGUCGAUGGCGCGAUCGAGAAUGCGGACGUAUUCCUAAUUCUCGAUUGUGAUGUUCCAUGGAUCAACAAGCUAUGUAAACCCAAGAGCUCAGCGAGGAUUUUCCACCUCGACGUCGACCCCCUCAAGGAGUCUAUGUUGGUCUUUUACAUCGAUGCUGAACAGAGGUAUCGUGUCGACGCUGAGAUCGCGCUCAAGCAGAUCACUGAGUACCUUCAAAACAACCUCACGGAGAAGCUGUCAAGCGCAGCUUGUGAUUCACGGGCUCAAGCCUUGGUCAAGUCAUACCAGGAGCGUAUUAACACCCUGGAUCAACGAGCCAAGCUCCCCAACUCGGGAAAGCUCACCACAGACUACGUCUGCGCUACGCUACGUGAGACACUGCCACAGGACACGAUUUGGGCGGUGGAGGCAAUCACAAAUGCAAUUUCCGUCUCGGAUCAGGUCCGGGCAACACUACCAGGGCAGUGGGUUCACUGUGGAGGUGGUGGUCUCGGCUGGAGCGGUGGUGGUGCAUUAGGCGUCAAGCUUGCUGCGGAUGCAGCUGAUGCCUUAGUCUCCGGCAAGCAAAAGCGGUAUGUAGUACAGGUUGUAGGUGAUGGGUCCUACAUGUUCAGUGUUCCCUCUAGCGUAUACUGGAUUUCUGCACGCUACGGGAUCCCCAUUCUGACUAUUGUCCUUAACAACCUUGGCUGGAAUGCUCCACGGAGGUCCAUGCUGCUGGUGCAUCCUGACGGCCCUGCAUCACGGGCUACCAAGGAAGAGCUUAAUAUUUCCUUUGCGCCGAGUCCGGAUUAUGCUGGGAUUGCGAAGGCUGCGAGCAAUGGAGAGACCUUUGGGGCCAGGGUGGCUGAUUCGUCGGAGUUCUUGGCGGCGUUGGCUAAGGCUAAGGAGAGCCUUGAUCGUGGUGUCUCGGCAGUAUUGGAUGUUGCCAUCUAG